AUGGACUGUGAUGGCUGUGAGCUUAAGGUCAAGAAGGCCCUCUCUUCUUUAAGUGGAGUUAAGUCUGUGGAGAUUAACAGGAAGCAACAGAAGGUGAGUGUGACAGGUUAUGUUGAAGCAAACAAAGUGCUGAAGAAGGCAAAGUCAACAGGGAAGAGGGCAGAGAUAUGGCCUUAUGUACCCUACAACUUAGUGGCACAGCCCUACAUUGCCCAAGCUUAUGACAAGAAGGCACCUCCUGGUUAUGUCAGAAAUGUGGAGAACAUGAACAUGACCUCCUCCACUGGCACUGUCACAAGAUAUGAGGACCCUUACACCACCAUGUUCAGUGAUGACAACCCCAAUGCCUGCUCUAUCAUGUAA